AUUUUUCCGCUAAGAUGACUAUUGACAUUUUUAUUUUUUUUUUUCUCUUGCAGCCGAGUGGAGCAAUUGGAUUUUAGAGAUAUAAAUUAAGAUCGAGAGAUUAGCUUAGCCUUCUUUGCUGUUCUUUUCCUGCGAAGGACCUGGAGAAAAGGGAUCGAGAUUUUGAUCUAUCGAUAUUGCACAGCAGAUACUGCUGUUUAAGUGAACACCGCAGAGCCCGCAGAUCCAUAUUUUCCACCUUAUCAUCUUCUCACUCGCUACCACUCUCACCAGCCAUGGCCACUCUAAACCUCUCAAUCCUCCCCAAAACCCUAACCCCCAAUUCGAAAACCCUAACUCCUCUCUUAUCAUUCUCUUCAUCUUCCUCCCUAUCAUUCGUCCACCGCGCUCCUGCGCAUCCAGCCAAAACGAGACUCGCCAAUUUCCGAGAGGUGAAAGUGGUGGCUGAUGGGGAAUACUCCGCGAAAAGGGGCGGCGGCGGUGAGGAAAGGGAGACGAUAAUGUUGCCCGGCUGUGAUUACAAUCACUGGCUCAUCGUCAUGGAGUUUCCGAAAGACCCAGCUCCAACCAGGGAGCAAAUGAUCGACACCUAUCUCAACACACUAGCGACGGUUCUUGGGAGUUUGCCUGGCAGAUGGGAAAUAGAAGAACACAAAUCAACAAAGCUUCCUCCUCUGAGAUCCGUCAUAUUAUAUGAGCUAAUGGGUGCCCCUCCUUCAACUUGGGCCCUGGGCGGCCCUGUGUGGCGACAUAACACUAGUCUACCUGGUGUUUUAUGGGUCUUGCCCGAUUCUUAUUUGGAUGUCAAGAACAAGGAUUAUGGAGUCUUUAUGAUGACCGUGAUGUAUUACGAAGAACUCUUAUCAGGGCUAGCUGCAUCUAGCCACUAUUCAAUGAAUUAUGAUUUAUGCAUGCCUGACCUGCGGCCUAUACAACUUGUGACUAACUUGGAGGCGUGCCCGGCCAUGGUUUAAAAACUAUGGUUGAAUAAUUUUCCACCUUAUCACCUGGCUCACUCGCAGCCACUCUCACCAGCCAUGGCCACUCUAAACCUCUCGAUCCUCCCCAAAACCCUUACCCUCAAUUCGAAAACCCUAACUCCUCUCCUCUCAUUCCCUUCAAUUUCCUCCCUAUCAUUCAUCCACUGCGCUCCUACGCAUCAGACCAAAACAAGAAUCACCAAUUUCCCGGCGGUGAAAGCUGUGGUUGAUGGGGAAUACUCCGCGAAAAGGGGCGGCGGCGGCGGUGAGGAAAGGGAGACGAUAAGGCUACCCGGAUGUGAUUACAGUCACUGGCUCAUCGUCAUGGAGUUUCCCAAAGACCCAGCUCCUACCAGGGAGCAAAUGAUCGACACCUAUCUCAACACACUAGCGACCGUUCUCGGAAGCAUUGAAGAAGCAAAGAAGAAUAUGUACGCGUUUAGUACAACUACGUACACUGGCUUCCAAUGUACUGUAUCUGAAGAAACAUCCGAGAAGUUCAAAGGUCUACCUGGUGUUUUGUGGGUCUUGCCAGAUUCUUAUAUCGAUGUCAAGAACCAGGAUUAUGGAGGAGAUAAGUACAUCAAUGGAGAGAUAAUCCCUUGCCAGUACCCGACUUAUCAGCCAAAGCAGAACAGAAGUUCAAAACCGAAGAGCAAAGCAUACAUAAGACAGCGAGAUGGCCCUCCUGCUGAAAGUAGAGGACCAAGUCAAAAAAUAUCUCCAAAAUCUGCUUCUUAAUUGGCUAUGGCAGGUUCAAUUCUACUUUGUUAUUCACUUUUAGAAAUAUUGAAUUAUUUGGGGUUUUUUUUUUUGGUUUUUAUUUAUAGGUCACUGGUAUAAUAGAACGGGUCCCGAAUGGAAUCACUGUUAAUGGAUGUUCAUCAUUUGUGGCUUUAUUUGGUUCUGAAGCUAGGUUGAGAUUGGUUAAAUUUAGCAAUUGACGUGCAAUUGCUGAUACAUAUUGGCCAUUCAAAAUGAGAGCCGUAGUUAAUGCUGUAGUUGUUCAAUUUGAAUAUAAUGUGUUGUUAUUAUUCAACUGUUUGGAUCUUUUGGUGGGCGGCAAAAUGAUGCUAUAAUAGUCUAUCUUGUUUGUUUUUACUUUUCUCCUUCAUUCAUUUUUUCUUGUGUUGACAUUAAAGCUUUACAUUACACUUCAUCACUGAUAUCACGUCAAAUAUAUCUUUUAGCAAUGUUAAAGUCCACUGACUCUGUAAACAAUGAUACAAUAAUUUAGCGG